GCCGGACCUCCGGGCCGUGACAUCAGCGCCCCGCCUCUCCCCGCUACAAAACCCGGCGCCGAGCAGCGGGGGCAGCUCAGCCUCGGCGAUCGCGGCGGUGACGGGCGGUCAAGGAGCAGCGGCGUCUCUCGGAACACAACUUGAGGACCAGGUCAGAAGCAGAACAUGCUGGUGAACAUCUCCAUCCUUGUUGCUCUGCUGCUCGGCCUCACUGUGGCCUCAGAGCAGCAGCAGCACCUGCGAGUCAGAAGAGGGACAAGGGAAUUUGAGUCCAGUUCUCGAAGUUACUGCUUGGAUCGUGCCAACUCACAGAUUUACCUGGACGGCGAGACGUGGCUUCAGGUGGAGGGGAAAUGGGUGAAGUACUGCCGGUGUAACAGGUGGACAACCCGGUGUCACAGCGUGCCAGUGCAAGAUUGCCCCCAGAACAAGUGCUACAACGGUGGGAAGUGUCGACAGGCCAUUUACUUCCAGCACCACAUCUGCCAGUGCCCCGCCGGGUACAAGGGACCGCUGUGUGAAAUCGACACCAAGGAGGUUUGCUACAAGGGUCGUGGGACCAGCUACCGUGGUACCUGGAGCACCACUGCCUCCGGGAAACAGUGCCUCAACUGGAAUCUGAGCGCUGUGGUCCGAUCGCGCUACAACGGCCAUGCUGCCAAUGCCCAGCAGCGCGGUCUGGGUAACCACAACUUCUGCAGGAACCCCGACAACGACACGAUGCCCUGGUGCCAUGUCUACAACGGGCACAUCCUCAGCUGGGAGGAGUGUAGCCUUCCCGCCUGUCCUCAGCUCUCCAAAUCCGAGUGCUACACCAAAAACGGAGCGGAGUACCGGGGAACCAGCAGUUACUCACGGACCGGGAGAACCUGCCUCCGCUGGGACUCCGAGGCGGUACGACACAGCACGCAGAAUGCCUGGGUGCCCAACGCCCAUCUGCUGGGGCUGGGCAGCCACAACUACUGCAGGAAUCCCAGUGGAGAUCUGAAACCCUGGUGCUACGUUAAGGGAAGGCGUACGGUCAUGAUGGAAUUCUGCAACGUUAAGCACUGCAGCCCAUCUGUGGAGAAUUGCGGCAAGAGACAUCCUAAGCUUCAGCAGUUCCGGAUCAAGGGAGGGUCAUUCGUCGACAUCACUUCUCACCCGUGGCAGGCAGCCAUUAUGUACUAUGACAGACGGGGAAAAAGUUGGAGAUUCCUGUUUGGAGGGAGCCUGAUCGGAUCAUGCUGGGUUCUGACGGCAGCUCACUGCUUCAACUCAAAAUUCAAACCACAUGAGUUGAAAGUGGUCAUGGGCAGGACCAUGGUGGAGAAGACAUCGGACGAUGAGCAGUUACUGGAGGUGGAGGACUACUUCGUACACCAGGGAUUCAGUGACGACACCUUCAACCACGACAUCGCUCUCAUCAAGCUCCACUCCAAGACCGGGAGGUGCGCCAAGAUGACACGAUCCGUGCGCACAGUGUGUCUGCCGCACAAGGGACAGCGUCUGGCCGACUGGACUGAGUGUGAAGUCUCCGGAUACGGCAUGGAGAAGGAAUACUCUUACAACUUCUCCAAGAAGCUGAAGGAAGGAAAUGUGCGUCUCUUCCCAGCAAAUCGCUGCAGUCCAGCUUAUCUCCAGAACCGCACCGUCACCGAUAACAUGAUCUGUGCCGGCGACACCCGGGGCACAGACGACGCCUGCAAGGGAGAUUCUGGAGGUCCACUGGUCUGUCAGACAAAGGGACAGAUGAUCCUCCAAGGCAUCAUCAGCUGGGGCAUCGGCUGCGGGAAGAAGGAUGUUCCUGGUGUCUACACCAAGGUAGUGAACUACCUGGACUGGAUUCACGAUCACAUGACCAAGCCUGCAUUCAACAGGUACAAGAGCUUUAACCGUCAGGGAUAACAAGCCAGCAAGCACCGAUAAGCGUCUGACCCCCGUGCUGAGGAUGCAGUGACAGAGGGAGCCCACCCUCUCCCCCGGCCUCCAGACUCUGUGAUGGACACCGGGGGGCUUACAGUCCCAUUGAUGAACUGCUUUCCAACCAAAGGAAGACUUGCUCGCCUCUCGCUGUUGAUCGCUUGGUGCCCCCUGUAAAAUUUCAGUGCAAUUGUUCCAAUCAUGUUGUGUUGACUUUACCCUCCCACAGUCCAUCAUUUCCCGCUGGAAGACACUGGCCUGUCCGCAGUUAAUGACUGGGGACUCUGGGUGGGAGACUGAGCCUGGGGUCUGGAGUGGCUCUCUCUCUCCCUCACACACACACACACACACACACACACACACACACACACAUGCACAGAAAGUACACACAGAUGCAGGCACACACAGGAACACACAUACAGAGAGAUACAGACUCACACAAAGGCCAACACACACAGAGACACACAGACAUACACACUCACAUGCAUGCUGACAGACACACACACACAGCUGAUGACUGAGAGAUCUUGGUUAUUCCAACUGACCAGUGUCAGAAUCCUAAUUAUUAAGUGUUUUUCUGAUUUUACCAGUUGUUUUCAGUAGUUACCCACACUGUACGAGCACUCAGAUUGUACCUGUUAUAAUAGCUUCAGUAUUGUCCCGGUCUGGCACCAGGACAGAUGUCCCAACCACACCAGCCCCUCCCGCAGCCUGUAGGUGCUUUCAAACCCAAACUGUUCCCUUCUCAUUGUGUACACAGCUCCACACCCCUCCAGCCCUGGCGCUGCCUCACAACAUCUCCCGCCCUUCUCAGUAACCUGAGAUUGGGAACAUAAAACUUGUCUCGUCAAGACUACUGUGAAUUAACUCUUUACUUGCUGCACUUGCCCGUGGCUGCGGUCCAUGGUGUGAACAUGAACCCAUGAGGGAUCACAGGUGGAGGCUUCUGCUCUCCAGCUCCAUCUCACUCGCUUGGCACUGGCUCCGGGAAUGAAUGGAUGGGGAAACACCUCCUUGGUCGGCUGGGUGGAUCCCACAAGGUGCCACCAGCAGCCCGUGUAAUGGUCACUGAAUCGUUGCUGAGCCAGAUAUCUCCAGUCUGCUUCUCGGAGACAUUAUUACCACCACACUGUUCUGACUGGACACAGGACUUGCACAACGAGAAAGGCAGCUGUGGUUUUUGAGCUCCAGCUGAAUACAGACAACUCAACAAACCCUAAGCUCGGCAAAACGCAGCCGUGACCACCCACAAAUCCAGAAUCUGACCACAGCUGGAUGUGAGACGGUGCCAGCACACUGUCCGUGCACACUGACAAACCUAGUGAAUCGGGGGGGUUCUGGGGAUAGUGCGGGAAGGGGGUGCUGAGGCCAAAGAUCAGCCUCCAUCCUUUGCAUGCUGGAACACACAGGAGGGGCCGAAUGGCUUCGGCCCGUUCAUGUGUUCACACGCCUGUGAGUCUGGCUCUGCACCUGUGAGUACGUGAACCAGCCAGUGUGCACACUUGCAGAUGUACGAGUGUGCACGCAACUCUAGGUGUGUCAGCGACGAUGCAUGCCUUCCUUGGCUUGCAAAGCCACACUCUCCUUUAUAGGGGCGUGGGUGUGCGUGCACAACCCUCCAAGUCUGUGAGUGAAUGUGCAGGCAUGUGAGUGUGCAGGCACCUCUCUGUAAGUGAGUGAGGGUACAUAACCCAUCUUCACAGUGUACACUUCCAUUCGUUAGUAUUUAAGCAUUCCUACGUACUAAAAUAUUUAUUAUUCUAUGUUUUGGAUGUUUUACAAAAUGUUUUUUCUGGAUGAUAUUUAAAGAUUUUUGCAUCACGUGUUCCUUUUUUUAAAAAAGAAUAAAAAUUGAACUAUUUGCUUACUU